AAAAUAUCUCAAAAUGCUCCCAUCCACUUACACCAAGGAUAAAGUCGAUGAAUUGGCUUGCACUUAUGCUGCUUUCAUCCUCCACGACGAAGGUAUCAACAUCACUGCUGAUAAGAUCAAGACUUUGACUGAAGCUGCUGGUGUUACCGUCGAACCAUUCUGGCCUUCCGUCUUCGCUAAAUUCUUCAGCAAGCACCCAGUUUCUGACAUCUUGUCCAACAUUGGUGGAUCAGCUUCAUCUGGUGCCGCUGUUGCUGCUUCUACUGAUGCUCCAGCUACCGCUGCUGCCGUUGAAGAAAAGAAGCCAGAACCAGAAGAAGAAGAAGAAGAAAUGGGUUUCGGUGGUCUCUUCUAAAUCAACCAAUCUAAUAAAAUAUAUAAAUUAUAAAAA